AAGCGCAGCGCCCGGCUGCUCCUCCGUGUCCCCAGAGCACACAGCCCUGCCUGACGCCAUGUCUCCCUGCUGCCUCCUCCUCCUGGGACUGCUCCUGGCCCCGGAGCCUGCCUCCUGCCAGGAAGCCCGAGGCAGCCUCCAGCCAUGGUCACAAGGUGUCAUUGCAGUGGUUGUGUUCCUAGUCCUGGUGGCCAUUGCUUUUGUGGUCAAUAGGUUGUGGUGUAAGGAGAAAGUGGAAAAUGUUGAGACGGUGGUGAGCGUGGAGGACAAGCAGGACACUGUCAUGUCCAACGGCCAUGAAGGGAGAUACGUAACCACUGCAGCCAACUUCAGGUCCAAAGAGAACCAGCAUGCCUACGAGAACACCCUGGAGCCCGAGGAGAGGGUGAUCACCACCGCCAUGUAGCAGACACCCUGGCCAGCCACACCCUUCUUCCUCCUCUCACUUGGCUUCCCAUUGUUCUGAUGGGCAUUUUCACAGGGACCCUAUGCACCAGCAUCCCCCAUGUGCAGCAGGGACCUCUCCAUGGCACCACCAUCUCCUAAUCUUUUCCCUUCUCACCUGUGGGACACGCUCUUCUGCCUUAGUGGCCGGUGUCCAUGUGGGUAUCCUUCCCCGGGAGAGGUCUGGAGGUGCCACCCCUCCUGCCUAGCAGUCAGCCCACCUGGUUGGUGAGGUUGAUCUCCUCAGUCCCAGGGAGUUGCUGACCUGCUCCAGAUAUGGAGCGGUCCCCACUGGGUGCCUGGGACCUCCCUGCACCCUCAGCUGCCCUCUGGGGAGCUGCUGAUGGAAAGUCUGCUCUCUUUUCACUCUCCUUUUUAUGACCUACACCAUGAAUUUAAAUGUCAGAACAAACCUUUUCCCCUGUACAUAUCUUCCCUGUGAGCAAUAAAGAAA